AACAUUUGUACGAAGAAGAUGCGGAGAGAGGAACGCCUGUCAAGUACAAAAAAUAAUCCUAAAUGACUUGUGGAAAGUGCAAAUAUAUUGGGAUGAAGUUGUAUCUGAAGAUGAGUGGUAAUUUAAGGAGCAGAUCAUCAAGAAAAUUGUGUGACUGCAGGAUGGUGGAGCUUUGUUUGGAAAUACAAUCCUGUUGAAAUCAACGAAGGUGCAGCUGUAAAAUAGACCGGUGCAAUCUUGCAGUCAUAUGUUCUUAUUGUGAACAUAUUGCUUUCCUCUUGAGGUGUAAUUCCAAGGAUUAGAAUAACAGCAUCAUUGGAUCUACUAUGCAUGGACUGAGCUUACAUAUCUCGUGUAAAACCAUUUUUUAAUGAAGAGAAUCUGGACUGAAUGCUGGUGCAGUUUAUAAUAUGCACACGUGAUUGCAAACUUUACCACGCACUGAGCAACAAUGUCACUGUUUAAAAGAUUACUAGGGACUAAUAAUGCUCCCGACAAAGCUAACCCACCACCUGGAUUACAGCCGAUGGGUGCCCAGCUGCAGAGAAAGUUUGCCAAAGGGGUCCAGUAUAACAUGAAACUGGUGAUCCGAGGGGACAGAAACGUGGGGAAAACCUGUCUGUUUUACCGCCUCCAGGGUCAGAAGUUCAAAGAGGAGUACAUCCCCACCGAUGAGAUACAGGUGGCCAGUAUCCAGUGGAACUAUAAAACAACGGACGAUGUUGUUAAAGUGGAGGUCUGGGAUGUUGUGGACAAGGGCAAGAAGAAGAAGAAAGCUGAGGGUCUGAAACUAGCUGAAUCAGCACAGUCUGUGGUUGAUGAGCCCUGCUUGGAUGCAGAAUUUGUGGAUGUGUACAAGGCAACCCAUGGCGUCAUCCUCAUGUUUGACAUAACUAAACAGUGGACCUGGACAUAUGUCGAGAAGGAGAUAGAGCGUAUCCCCACCCAGAUCCCUGUGUUAGUGUUAGCAAACCACCGUGAUAUGGGCCACCACAGGACCGUGGCUGAGGACACAGCCAGGUACUUUCUGGACGGCUUGGACAGACCACCUGAUGCUGGGCAGAUAAGAUAUGCAGAAGCUUCUAUGAGGAAUGGAUUUGGAUUAAAAUAUCUCCACAAGUUUUUCAAUCUGCCUUUUUUGCAACUUCAGAGGGAAACCUUAUUGGGUCAGCUAGAAGUGAAUUCUCAGGAUUUAGAGUCAACUCUAGAGGAGCUGGAUAUUCAUGAAGAAUCAGAGGAGCAAAAUUAUGACAUAUUUAUUGAUAACCUAUGCAACAAACGACGCCAGCAACAAGAAAAACUUUCAUCCUCACAACCAGCCAAUGGGGAUGCUCCAACCGAAGCAUCAACCAAUCAGGAAGCCCAGCAAAAUGGCCCUAGCAACCCACCCCCAGUACCUUCAUCUUUACCAGCCUCCACCAGUGCAACCUCCAGCCUCUCAACCAGCACCCCGGUCUCAGCCAGUCAGAGCCCAGCUCUGUCACCUCAGUCACCAGUGCCCCCCACCAGCACCCCAACCCCACAGGAGGAGAAGAAGGGAUUCUUCUCCCGCUUGUUUGCCAGCAAAGACAAGAGCACUCCACAAAAGAGUCCAUCAACAGAAAAUGUGGUUACAAGCCCUGGAACAGAGGCUGUGGAGAAUUUUAAAAGUGUGGAUGACUUUGUGCCUGAUGAGGAAGAGCUUGAUGCCAGCUUCUUAGAGGAUACCAAAGACGCUACAAAACGACGCAUAACUAAAGAUGUGACGGACACCACAGAGAGUGAUUCUGAGGAUGACAAUGAUGGUGGGAAUCCCAUGGUGGCUGGUUUUCAGGAUGAGAUUGACUCUGAGGACGAAACCAGGACCAAGUCUCUGUCCAGUGGUGUUCUCACUGCCUCUGUGCCAGAGAGCUCACCCAAUGUUAGCAAAGUGGAGCUCACCAGUGACGAAGAGGAAGAAAGUGGUGUACCUGUGGUUGCCAUGGAGGAGGAUUUGGACUCAGAUGUUGAGUCAAACCUCACGAACAGUGCUCCUGCAAAACCUGCUGUGCUGUCCCCAGUAAUCAAAAAAAAGGCCAGCAAAACUUUGUCCUCGCACAGCGGGGAGGGUGAUCAUGUAGGUAAUUCUAUGUCGGGUAUGGAGCAAAAAGCAUCUGCCCCUACUGUGCGCAGGAGUGAUAGUUCUCACAGCGACAGCUCUCAUGAACUGGAACCAGCAGCAUUAAUAACACCUACAAGUAAAGUCAGUGACGAUGAGAAAAAGUGGACAGGCAAAUCUAAGAGUGUUAGUAAAAAUCCUCAUGAUUCCAAAGGAAGUAGCAAUGGUGCUGAAACUGAAAAACCGGCUGUGACUCUGGAUGAUUCUGAUGAUGAUGUUGUUGUGGUUGGUGGUUCUGUUGAUGAUAACGAUGCUGCUAAGGAAAGUGAUAAGGAAAAGGAGGCCAGUGAUAAAGUCAAGGAGGAUUUAGCUAUGGCGCCAGACUUCAGUAACUGGUUAGACGCUCAGGAAGCACAGGUUAUAAGAAAAAGUGCCAAGAUUGGCAGCAAGUCUAAGUCCAACAGUCUGGGGUCAGGUGUGGAAGAUAUCAGUACUCGCGACAAACGAGCUAAUUCUACAGGUGCCCGAUCGUCCGGGGGUUCGACAGUCUCAUCAUCUCAGGAUCCUGAGUCAGAACGAGGCAGUGUCUCCUCAAAAAAGAAGAAGAAAAAGAAGAAAGAUGAUAAGGAUGAAGAGGAGAAGUUAUCAAAGAAACAUCGUCAUAAAAAGAAGAAAGAGAAAGACGAUAGUUCAGGUGGAGAGGUGAAAAAGGAGAAAAAGAAGAAGAAAAAGGAAAAGCCAGCUAAUGAGGGCGAUGACAUCGGUGAUGCAGACAGGGAAGCCAAGAAAGAAAUGGCCGAGCUGGAAGCUUUUCUUGGCUCUGAUGUCGGAGACAGUGGCUGGGGAGAAGGGAAUUACGAGACUUUGUGACGAAACUAAAGGGAGAUAACUUGUGACUCUAUUUAAAAAUGUUCAUGAACUUGUGCAUUCAUGUCUACAUACAAAAGAUGCAUUGGGUUAAAGUUUAUAUAUUUAUUGAAAAAUCGUCGAACAUGCAUGUUGCUGUUUUCAGAUUCAUGUCAAGCCCAUGUUCAUGUCAGAGAUGUCGGUUUCAAAUUACAUGUUUUUAUGAUAUAUCAGUGAGAUGUAAUACUUACGCGAGUGCUCACAUUUUGUAAUCCCUACCUGGAAAAAAUAAGAACACUCUUAGUGUUACGGCUUUUUUGUUCAUAAAACUUUUUUUGUUUUUUGUUUGGACUUGCAAGAUGAAGUUUCCUGACAAAAUCCAAAUGGUACUAAAGGUGCAUAAACUACUUUCAAACGUGACAAUUGUAACAGUUUUACAAAGAACAUGCUCAUAACAUUAAUAUAUUAUCAUCAGACUUUAUCAAAAUGGUGCACUUUAAACAGCUGUAGUUACAUCUACAUCAACUAUAUGUCCCAGCUGGCACACUGAAACUCCCUGUCUUACCAGAACAAAUUCAGUCCAGUACACAAAGCACUGAAUAUUGCUUUAUUUUCCUGAUUUGACAACGGAGCUGGCAAUGGCUCUGACAACCUAAGGUUAUGAACAUCAUAUAAAUAUUAGCCUGUUUGACAUUACUGGGGUACAUUUCUGCUGAUGACCAUUGUUUGGCUUAUCUGUAACGGUCUUGAAGAAGCAGCUGCUGAAAUUUGCUAGGGUGGAUUUUCCCUAGAACUCAACACCAUGCCAUUGCUUUGCAAUACAGCAAAAGAGAUAACUACAGAGUGCUUCACAGCAUCUACCACAAAGUUUUGUUUGACCAUGGACUUGCUUUGUAGUAAAGGUUAGACCCGUGAACGGGCUAUACACAAGGGCAUGAAGGAUCCACAGAUAUGCACAUCGUUUUCUUCUGUGACAUUGCAGUGCAUGUGUACUUCAUAUGUGUUUUAUGGACACCUAUACACCGAUAAUUGUGACGUAAUAAAGGAAAGGACAAAUGAGUUCAUAGCUCUGGACUGUCUUCAUACAGGUGUGAAGGGGUUUUACGAGCCCCCAAGUUUCCCAUUGUGACGUAAUAAAGGAAAGGACAAAUGAGUUCAUAGCUCUGGACUGUCUUCAUACAGGUGUGAAGGGGUUUUACGAGCCCCCAAGUUUCCCAUUGUGACGUAAUAAAGGAAAGGACAAAUGAGUUCAUAGCUCUGGACUGUCUUCAUACAGGUAUGAAGGGGUUUUACGAGCCCCCAAGUUUCCCAUUGUGACGUAAUAAAGGAAAGGACAAAUGAUUUCAUGGCUCUGAACUGUCUUCAUACAGGUGUGAAGGGGUUUUACGAGCCCCCAAGUUUCCCAUUGUGACGUAAUAAAGGAAAGGACAAAUGAUUUCAUGGCUCUGAACUGUCUUCAUACAGGUGUGAAGGGGUUUUACGAGCCCCCAAGUUUCCCAUUGUGACGUAAUAAAAGAAAGAACAAAUGAGUUCAUGGCUCUGGACAGUCUUCAUACAGGUGUGAAGGGGUUUUACGAGCCCCCAAGUUUCCCAUUGUGACGUAAUAAAAGAAAGAACAAAUGAGUUCAUGGCUCUGGACAGUCUUCAUACAGGUGUGAAGGGGUUUUACGGGACCCCAAGUUUCCCAUUGUGACGUAAUAAAGGAAAGAACAAAUGAGUUCAUGGCUCUGGACUGUCUUCAUACAGGUGUGAAGGGGGUUGUACGAGUCCCUGAGUUUCCCACUGUGAUGUAAUAAAGGAAAGAACAAUAGCUCUUAGCUAUGGACCACUUUGUUACUUACGGGGAUGAGUUUUAUGAUUUCAGUAUUGGAUCCUUAUUUCUUUUGAACGCAGGACCUCAACCUUUAUAUGAUUAUUGGACGGAUAAUGUUGAAACAUAGACAUCCACACAGUGCCUUAUUCUGUAAAGGUGAAAUGGUGUCUUACGAAAAUAUACUGUACAUGUAUGUGUUAAAUUACAGCACUUCAAAAUACUUGUAUGUCUCAGUUAUCAGUAGAGAACUUGAGUUUCAACAGCCAUACGUAUGGCAGUCAGCCAAAUGCACAUCGAUAUACUGUAUUUCACCUGUAGUUUGGUAUGAAAAAAUACACUUUCAGAAACAGGCUUAAAAUGACAUUUCUGAUUCUUUUUUUGAAAUGAAAUUUUUGAAACUUCACAAAAAUCACUUAAUUGGCCCUAUUAGGUUGAUGACUCAAGGAAAAAGUGUAGUUUGAAAUAACCUUAACUUUAGAUGAAAUAUGGUAUUAUAUGAUUUGAGACCUGUUCAGAAAAAGAGGGUCACCAAGUGGGACAGAUUGUGUGAUUUAUUUCUUCCGCUGUAAUAUAGUCGCUAAAGAUUUUUUUUCUGAAUUCUUUUCUUAAAUUAGUAGUUGAAAUUUUGAUUAUAUCUUCAUUUGUCAGUGUUUAACAUUCAUUUCUGAUUUUGCAGCUGAAAAAAAAAAUAGAUGAGCAAAAUAACUUUUAAGUCUUAAAAAUCUCAUUAAUUUCAGUCUCGUUGGGGAUUCUUUGCUAACGUCAAUCAACCAGUCAUUUUCUAUGAAGAAUUUUGUUUUCUUUUAAUUUAAUGAAAUAAAUAAAGUGUGUUACCUGUGUGUACAUAUAUAAUGUAGAAAUGCUUUUUUUUCUAAGCGUUAUUAUCGGUUCCAUAUCAUUAAUUUGACUUACAUAUUUUCGCUUUGUAUUGAAUUUGUUAUUGAGUUUGGCAUAUUGUUCUUGAUAAUUCAUGUAUUUGCUAGAAUUGUCUUCUCAAGUUGUCUUGUUUGUUUAUGAUGUACGUGUAUUAAAUGUACCACAGUUUGAUGAUCUAAUAUUGAAUUUAUUUGAAUUGCAUUUAGCUAUUUCUCAAUGAUGACAAAAAUGUUUUUUGUCACUCUUGGUCAAAGGUAGCAAAAUCUUGUAUUUUGUCUAAUCAGCUCAAGGGUUCCACAAAUGAAUUUUGUCCACUCAUGAUCCAAGAUAUGAGAAGCAAACUUUGAUUUAGUAUGGAUUUAUGAAAUCAGUUCUCACAUACAGUAAAUGACGUAAAACAUUGUCUGUGAGUAUAAAGUUGCUCGUCAAUUUUGCCUGAUUAUUUUCACCUUUGUUUGGAAGGUAGGAUGUUGUCCUGCUGAAAAAAUGUAACUUUCAACACCAGAUAGAAUAUUUUGUGACAUUGAUAUGCCUCUAAACAUGCGCUUUCAGGUCAUUUAUG